UUGCUUAGCUAAGCAAUAAUUAGAUUUUUUUGAUCACUGCAGAAGACAUGGAGAGGAAGUUUGCAGUGGUGCAGUGGAGUGAAGGGGAGGAUUCCGGGAAGCUCAGCGAAGUAAAAACGGAUAACAUACGGGGGUAUGAUGAUUCCAAGAUGGACCAACAUGGGAAUCCCAUUUCCACCUACUCAGCCAUUAUCGAAUGGCGCCAUGGGAAGAAACAGCGAGGAGGGUGGCCUCACUACAGGGGCACUGUAAUUUUUGUCAGUGCUUCUCGUUUUGAGGCAACCCAUAAACUUGAUGCACUGCUGAAGGAAAAUGAACCUGCAGACCUGACCAAGAAGGCAUCAGUCCACCCUCAAAGAUAUCAGGAUGAUUCAGAUGACUCAGAUCCAGAUGAUACUCAGAUUCUGACUCAGUCAUUGCCAGUCAAGUUAACAUCAAUUUACUUUUAACUAUUUCGUGGUGACCAUAUUUUUCAGUGGUAGGGGUGUAACGAUACACAAAAUUCAUGGUUUGGUAUGUACCUCGAAUACAUGUACCGUAACACCCCUAUUCAGUGGUAUCAUGUAAACAGAAUGUUUAAGUGGUGGGCACUACUGUAUUAUAGCCGCCACUAUCUAGCAUUAAAAAAAACAUAUAUGAGGAUUCUUGAUUCUUGAUACUGAAUCUGUUGUCUGUACACUUCAACUGCUCAACUCCACCAUCAUCUGUGUCUUUGUUUUCUGUCAGUUGUUCUAUGUCCAUGUCUAUUCUUUUUUUCUCUGUAUACCCAGAAGUCAAAGGCUCUCACAAGGAAAGACCCUGCAGAGCAAUUCCUUGAGAUGUACAGUGAUUCACCGCAUUCUUCAAGUGAUAAAAGUCUGAGAAAGACAGUGGUUGAACUAAUGCGGGAGAUCCAAGACCUGAGAGAAGAGAACAUGAAAUUGAAGGAGUUGGUUGUCCAAGAUGUGCCAGACCUCCUACAGACCAUGAAGAAUAUUAUUGAUUUGGCUGAACCUCUUGAGAGAUCCAGUUCAGAGCUUACCACACCACCACUGCCCCCCCAAAGUUCUCCGCAGUCCAGGCCCGGUUCAUCAUUUGCUGAUUCACCGCUGUCUCUCCCCAAAUCUGCACCGUCGCGCUCCACAUCAGAGUCUGCUUUUCCAGCAAAAAGGGACUCCCCGUCGUCGAAGGUGGAGAUCCAUCCUGGGACUGGAGUCAUGGUAGAAAAACUGCCGUGGGCCUAUGCCGUUAAUGCAAAUUCGGCCACAGUAUUUGUGAGGCAUCUGCUCACGGCAGUCUUCCCAGUGGAGAUACUGCUGGUGAGCAAUCUUCGAGGAGGGAAACGAGGCAGAGGAGAUACUCGUCUACCUCUGGACAAAAAUAAAUUGGAUGCCAUCUACAGUGCAACUCUUGAGAGGUGGCCAGGGACCCAACCCUCCAGCAUUGGAAUCACAAUAAAUGCCAAGAUUACAGAGUUCCGUGCCAAUAGUAAAGCAUCCCCUUAAAUUGAGCUUUGUUGCUGUUUGUUGUGUAAUUUCAGUUGUUGAAAACAAACACACUGUUCAAUGUGAAAUUAUUUUUG